UGACCCAGGUGUGCCCCAGGUGACCCCCAGGUGUCCCCAGGUGACCCCGGUGUCCCUCCCCAGGUGGCUGUUCCGUGACGGGCUCCUCCCGGACGCCACGCGGGUCGUUGGUUUCGCGCGGUCGCCGCUGACGGUGGAGCUGAUCCGGGAGCAGACGCUGCCCUACCUCAAGGUGACCCCCGAGGAUGAGCCGCGGCUGGAGACGUUCCUGUCCCUGCAGAGCUUCGUGCGGGGUCAAUACGGGGACGAGGCCUCGUUCCGGGCCCUGGACUCCCACCUGCGGGCGCUGCCCGGGGGGUCCCGCGCCCACCGCCUCUUCUACCUGGCCCUGCCCCCGAGUGUCUACACACCUGUGACCCGGAACCUCAGAGAGCACUGCAUGGGAGAGGGGUCAGAGAUGACAGGAGGUGCCAGGAGGUGCCAGGAGGUGCCAGGAUGUGACCCGGGUGACAGAGGGGUGCCAGGAAGUGCCAGGAGGUGCCAGGAGGUGCCAGGAUGUGACCCGGGUGUCCCCCCCAGGUUCGGGAACCGCAUCUUCGGGCCCAUCUGGAACCGGGACAACGUCGCCUGCGUCGUCCUCACCUUCAAGGAGCCCUUUGGCACCGAGGGCCGCGGGGGGUACUUCGACGACUUCGGCAUCAUCCGGGACGUGAUGCAGAACCACCUCCUGCAGCUGCUGUGCCUGGUGGCCAUGGAGAAACCCGCGUCCACCGACCCCGAUGACGUCAGGGACGAGAAGGUGAAGGUUCUGAAGAGCAUCAGCCCGGUGGAGCUGGCGGACGUGGUGCUGGGUCAGUACGUGGGGGACCCCGAGGGCCCCCCCGAGGCACAGAAGGGGUACCUGGAGGACCCCACGGUGCCCCCCGGCUCCACCACCCCAACCUUCGCCGCCGCCGUCCUGCGCGUGGCCAACGAGAGAUGGGACGGUGAGAACGGGGGGGUGGGGAUGGUGGUGAUGGUGGUG